AUGUCGAUUAAUAACAAACAAAAUAAAUCUAUUCAAAAAUCUGAUAGUAGUAGUUUAACCUCUGAAGAUGUGUAUGAAGUUGAGAAAAUACUAGAUGAUAGAAUUAAUAAUAAUAAAAAACAGUAUUUGAUUAAAUGGCUUGGUUAUUCAUUAGAUGAAUGCACAUGGGAAUAUGAAGAAAAUUUGUACUGUGAUAAAGUAAAAUUUGAGUAUGAAAGAUCUAAUAAAAGAAAUAAAGAAUCUAAAAAAAAAUUAUCAGUUAAAACUGAUAAAAAGGAUGCUUCUUUUCAAAAGAUUGAAAAUGUAAAGAAAUCAAAGAUGAUCAAUUCUACUAAAAAUAAAAGUUCUACUAAAAAGACUAGUUCUGUUGGAUUUCAACCUAAAAUAACUAACGAAUGGGAUAAUUAUAUCGAUAAAAUAACUUUGAUAGAAAAGACUGAAAAUGGAACUAUUGAAGCAGCCUAUACCACAUAUGAUGGUACACAUGGAGCUAUUGAUGUUGUUGAUCUUCGUUAUAAGGCACCUUUAAAACUCAUCAAGUUUUAUGAAGAUCACAUGUUUUUUAAAAAGAAAUAA